CUAUCUUACGGGCUCGCCGACAACGCGCAGCCAAUCUUGACUGCAGACCUUUGACUGACUUUGCUUUUCCUCCCUACAAAUGUCUAGAGAAAUUGCAUUCAGCGAGAGCUCAACUCUCAUACAAAGUUCUGAAUCACAACAACCCGACGAACCCCCAUGCGAGGAUAGUAUGCCACCUCGAUGGCAGCCGCCAUCGUGGCCAAUACUAAGGCACUGCUUCAUUAUCCUUUGCUAUAUUUUCGUUGCAGACUCGAACCUUGAAAAUUUCUGGAAGAAAAUCAGCAAAGACGGUUCGAAGGGCUGGAAAGACUAUCAUGCCGAGUAUUUUGACUUUCUUAACCGCAUAAGCACCGCACAAGGACUGUUGCUCGCAACGGCAGCUGUCUUCACCUCGACCCCAGCCCCGUUGCCUAUCCUGAACUAUGCCGCGGAUAUUCCAUACGCAUGUCUGUCUGAGUCGCUCGUCUUCGCAUUAUUCGGGCUAUUCCUGCAACUGUUUGUUUCCGCCUACUUGGGACCACGAUAUCAAACCACGGAAACAUUGGAUGAACUCAAAGGGAAACGUUGGAUGGUCUUUUGUCACCUCUUCAAUUUGGCUCUUCCAGCUCUUCUCUUCAAUGCUUCUUUAGUUUGGCUCUUAGCAGGCAUUGUGAUCACCGGGUCCAUGUCACAGUCACUCCUGACUCGUGUUCUCACAAUCACAACCGUCGCUGCUUUAACCUUGCUGGAAUUCCUGUCCAUUGUCCUUUUGCCUCCAUUUCGAAAAUUUUGGGCAGCUGCAUGGUGGGGUGUUCACAGUGACAAACGUUGAGGAAAGGGUUAUAUCGCUUCAUUCAGCCUUUCUUACGACAUGUGCGCUUAUUUCUUGUCCUUGGGAAUUUUCUUACAGCCUCCGAACGUACAUGCGCAUCAGUAUGCCCUUCCGCUGUAUAUUUCUUCCAUCCCCUUUACUCGUGUUAGGCUAUUCAUCAUAAUCUCAACCGGUUUCACGUUCUCGGUUCGGUUUUGCGUGUGACUCCCGUCUUUUUCCAGGACAUUGGAGCUGAUACAGUGACAAUCCGCCGCGCAUCUAGGCUUCGCGAGCGCUUCAGCAAUUUCCUCAAUGGACGACAGGCGAUCACACUUUGACUUCUUCUAUAGCGCUCAGGGCUGAGAAUCAAGCCUUGCUUGGACGGUGCGUAUCAAUUACGAAUAUGCACGUACUUAUGAGGUUCCCGAAAAAAAUUUCAAGUUCACCA